GAAAAGACUGAUCCAGAACAAUUAUUAGUGGUAUGUGAGCUCUCGUCCAGAGUGACCGGCCCUUUCGGGAACCUGCGAGUGUAGACGAGAUUUUGAAAACUGUUGUAGCAACGAGGAACGCUGACGUGAUCAUGUCUGACAUCCACACAACAGCCUUUAGGUAUGACUCCACGUGCAGCGAGAUGGACAUCAAACCUCAUCCAUACAUCAACAAAAUGUUUGAAAAAGAAAAGGAGGAGACGGUCAUCUGGGCUAACCGCGGUGACUUCAAAGAGAAUAUGCACCUGUAUCUGGCCGGCAACAACAAGCUUCUCACUGACCGCCGGCUAGCUGACCCGGACUGUUUGGCCCUCUACAAGACCCUAGAAAACAACCUUUAUGUUGUUUCCCUCGACCUCCGCUACAACAACAUCACUGAUGAAGGAGCUCAACAUCUCGCCAAACUCAUUGAGGGGACGCCGGGGCUCCAGGAGCUUGACCUCAUGGGCAACGACAUCGGUCCGGAUGGAGCUGAACACAUAGCUAAAGCCUUGCAGACUAAUGAGACACUUCGGACGUUGAGGAUGACUGGGAAUAAAAUCGGCAACAAAGGAGGGAUGUGUUUCGCUCAAGCCCUGCAGGUCAACUUGACCUUAGAGGCCCUGGACGUUGGAGAUACUGACAUGACAAUUGAGAGUGUCAUAGCCAUGGCAACUGUGCUGAACCAGAACAAGACCCUGAAAGCACUGAACGUGAACAGACCCAUCCUGUUCACACACCAAGAGGAGACCACGGUCCACUUCUCCAAAAUGCUUAAAGUAAACCGGAGUCUGGAAGAAUUACAUCUGCAGAAGUACGAUAUGCGAGACUUCGGAGCAACUCGUCUGGCGGAAUGCCUCAUGGAAAACUACACCCUGACAUAUCUCGACCUCAGCUGCAACAGAAUCACGCGAGAUGGCACGAAAGAGUUGGCCAAAGUUUUGAAGAAAGACACAGCACUGAAGACACUUGAUCUUGGAUUCAACAGACUUGAAGAUGACGGUGCUCUGCAUCUUGCCGACGCCCUGGCAACCUGCAACAUGACACUUAAUACGCUUGUGAUCGUGAGCAACAACAUCGCCAGCAAGGGCCUGUGUGCGAUCGCAGACAGUAUGAAGACCAACACCUCUCUGUCUAAAGUGUUCAUCUGGGGCAACAAGCUCGAGGAACCUGCCUGUAUUGCAUUUGCAAAUCUUGUUGAAACUGGACGCCUGGAUCUGACAGACACAGAUGUUAAGCCUUAUGUUGUCGACGGUGUCACCAGUUUAUGUGAACAGAAUCAUCACAUACGCAGACACUACUACUAUGCGCCAAGCUACGGCGAUGACGUGCCGUCAUGGCAACCACCAGGUGUGCACGAACCAAGGUCAAAAGAAAUUACAUUCAAGGUGUGAAGAGAUGUCAGCUGUGAUACAAGUAUUCCUGGCGAUGCUCGGACUGUUUCAGCGAGGGACGUGAAGUGGGAGGUCAUGUGAUCAUAAGGAAGUUGAUUGGGGGAAAUGAUUCAUUGAUGCAGUGGUGCAUCCAGUGUUUCCAAUUAACAAAGUUCACCAGUCUGAGAACAGUAAAUUUCCAGAAGGACGGGUGACAUUUUUUACUAUUAGCUAGAUGGAAACUCUGUGGCACAUCAUUUUUGUAAACUCAUGAAAAUAAAAAAUAAUUUCUUUUCCUGCAAGGAUUCCUUUUAAACAUCACAUAUGGAACGCAAUGAACAAAAAAUAAUUCCCUUUUAUUAUAUACUACUCAAAACAAGUUAAGGACCACCCAGCUCUUUCAUUUUACAAUAGUUCCUCUGUCAUGGCUAAUGCGAAAGAAUUGGGUGUGUUUUGGUUUUUUUCGUAGUACAGAUAUAGUGAAAUUCUCAAGUAUCAAAAUUUUCCACCAUCCCUGUUUGUUUGUCUGACUUAAACACACUCCACACUAGGGCUGUUACGAUUCAUUUGUGUAUUCGGUGAAUCGAACCAUAUCCCUUCAUGAAUUGAAUUCGUUAUUCGUUAUUCGUGGACGCAAGAAUCGAAUAUUUACGAAAAAAAAUAAAAUGAGUGUUUUUUAACUAAAAAUAUCAAUAAGAAUUAAUUAUAUCCACACAUAGAUUUCUUCAAAGAUAUUUAUAUUUAAUUUGACAAUAAUGUGGUCACUGGUCAUUGUCGCAUUUUAGCAGAUAUUGGUACCUGGAUAAGUUAGUACAUAGCAUGUAUAAUAAACAAAAAAUCAUUAACACUGUCAACAUGGUCAAACCAUGGCCAAAAAAUUAUUUUGUUAUUGUUUCACUGAAUAUAAUAAUGAUAUUAAUCACUGGAUUGUCUGGUCCAGACUCGAUUAUUUACAGACCGCUGUCAUAUAGCUGGAAUAUUGCUGAGUGAGGCGUAAAACAACAAACCAACCAACCAUUCCCAUUGUAAAUAACAUAAACGAGUGAUUCCAGGAAGACUAUUAGUUGUAACUCUGUACAUUACCGUAACAUGUAUAUUUUGUAAAUAAAAUCUAUGUUGAUGUGAA